UAUAUCACCUCCACACCCACAUUAUCCUUUGAAAGAAAUAUAAUAUAUAUAAAUGUAUAAUUAAAUAAAAUAUAUAGAAAAAUAGAAAAACCAGCUAAUUGACCAAAACCCCUUCUACUUGUAGCAUAAGUACUAUGGCUGAAUUUGCAGCUCAUUUAAGAAGCUUUAAACCAUCAUUUUCAGUCUUAGAAGUUGAUCCAAACAUCAACAUGGAAGAGAUAACUCAGUUUGGAGUGAUGAAUCCACACACAUCGGAUAAUUCAAACUUGUUGAUGAAUUUCCAAAGCUUUAAUGUUCCUUUCUCUAGUGAUAAUUUUUUUGGCAAUCCAGCUGCUGAGUUUCCCGGAAUCAUAGCGGAAAAUAAUUUUCCUGGAAAUAAUUUCAAUUACACAAACCACCAUCUCAGCUUCGCACAUCCUACAACUACUAAUCAUCAUCAUCAUCAGCCAACUGUUAGUGAGAAUACAAAUGAGAUAUCUCAUGAAUGCAGAAAGAGAAAGGCACUCAUGACCAAUUUGGAUGCCUCUGAGUGCAGCUCAGGCAACUCUUCUCCUCCAGUCUCUCAAGUUGUUGGUGUUGAGAAGAAAAAUGGUUCUGGAAAAGGGAAGAGAGUGAAAAACAAUACAGUAAAAGUAGAAGAGAAACUAAAGGAGGUUGUUCAUGUUAGAGCCAGGAGAGGCCAAGCCACUGAUAGUCACAGUCUAGCAGAAAGGGUUAGAAGAGGAAAAAUUAAUGAAAGACUCAGAUGUUUGCAAGACAUUGUGCCAGGAUGCUAUAAGACUAUGGGUAUGGCAGUGAUGUUGGAUGAGAUAAUUAAUUAUGUCCAGUCCUUGCAGAAUCAGGUGGAGUUUCUCUCGAUGAAAUUGACUGCGGCUAGCACUUUUUAUGACUUCAAUUCCGAGACUGAUGCCGUGGAAAAGAUGCAGAGAGCAAAAGCAGCAAAUGAGGCAAAAGAGAUGGAAAGAUUGAUAAGAGAAGGAUAUGGAGGAUUGGCUUGCUUCCACUCAGCCUCUUGGCCCCUUUGACUUCACUUUUGGAUGUUACCCUUUAUUGCCAUACAACACAUAAUGAAGAUGCUUCAAAUGUAGAUCUCUCCAAUUUUUUUUUUCAAAACUCCCCACUUUCCAUGAAAGAAAGAAAAAAUAUUAGAAGAAAAAUUAUUUUGUUCUAAUUAGUUCCAAUCAAAGUACUUAUUCUAUAAUU